GGCACGAACGCUUCGGACUCGGUUCGGUUCCGAGGAGUUCAAUUGUUGCUCGGAUCAGCGAUGACGGACAGCCAGGCGCACGCGCAUUGCUCGUCCCCGACGCCGCCGGUCCUGAUGCUGCACGCGCACGAGCAUCCGCAGCGUCACUGAGACGCUCAGAGCCUCGGAUCGGAUGAAGCGAUGCCAGCCGCAGACACACCGUCACCGAGCCUCACCCGAGCCCGAGAAUAAACACUGCUCCGAGUCCGGGUCCACAGCACGAGCUCCCUGCGAGGACGCGGCUCUGAAGCGGCUCUGAAGCGGGUCUGAAGCGGCUCGUCACAUCGCGAUCUGGAGAGACUCCGGCGCUUUGAUCUGGAUAUGUUGAGAGGCACGUGAGGAUGGAUGGGAUUAUUAGUGUUUUGGGGGUCCUGACGCUCGUUUUGGAGGGCAUCUCAUGCCAGGGAGUGUAUGCGCCUCCUACCGUCCGGAUCGUGCACUCGGAUAACGCGUGUAGCGUGGAGGAGGAGCGUUACUCUGAAAGGGUUUACACCAUCCGAGAGGGAGAGACGCUUGAGCUCACCUGCCUGGUCACAGGACAUCCUCGACCACAGAUUCGAUGGACCAAGACAGCAGGCAGCGUGUCAGACCGAUUCCAGGACUCCAGUGUAUUCAACGAAACCCUCCACAUCGCCAAGAUCCAGAGACAUCAGGGCGGACGCUAUUACUGCAAGGCUGAGAAUGGACUGGGUUCACCGGCCAUCAAGUCCAUCAGGGUGGACGUCUACUACCUGGACGAUCCUGUGGUGACGGUUCAUCAGAGUAUCGGUGAAGCUAAAGAGCAGUUCUACUACGAGCGGACGGUGUUUCUGCGCUGCGUGGCUAACUCCAACCCUCCCAUCCGCUACAGCUGGCACCGCGGACGAGACGUUCUCUCGCAAGGCUCUGAUAAAGGUGUGGAGAUCUACGAGCCCUUCUUUACCCAGGGGGAAACCAAGAUCUUGAAGCUGAAGAACCUGAGACCCAAGGACUACGCCAACUACAGCUGCAUCGCCUCCGUCAGGAACGUGUGCGGCAUCGCCGACCGCAGAGUCGUCUUCAGACUCACCAACAAAACUGCUCCCGCCUCCAUCAAGCUGCUGGUGGAGGAUCCGAUCGUGGUGAAUCCGGGCCAGACGGUGUCUCUGGUCUGCAUCAGCACCGGAGGAGAGCCGGCUCCGAGUCUGGCCUGGACCAGCGGCUCUGGAUCUCUGCCGGAGAAGAGCCUGAUGAAGGAAGGGGUCCUGACACUUCCUGCCAUCGCCUCUGAGGACGCCGGCAUCUACAGCUGCAUCGCCAGCAACAAUGUGGGAAACCCGGCCAAGAAAUCCACCACCAUCAUCGUACGAGCGCUGAAGAAGGGUCGCUUCUGGAUCACUCCGGACCCGUACCACAACGACGAUAACAUCCAGAUCGGCCGCGAGGUGAAGAUCUCGUGUCAGGUGGAGGCCACGCCGCCCGAGGAGCUGCAGUUCAGCUGGCUGAAGAACGGCCGGGCGUUACGCAGCUCCGAGCGCAUGGUCAUCACACAGACUGACCCCGACAUCUCGCCCGGAACCACCAACCUGGACAUCAUCGACCUCAAGUUCACCGACUUCGGCACCUACACCUGUGUAGCAGCUCUCAGAGGAGGAGCCAUCCCCGAAAUCAGCAUCGACGUCAACAUCUCCUCCACCACUGGUGAGUCUCACACAUACACACACACACACACACACAAACGUAUUGAGUAUAUCUGGGGUCCGGCUAACACACAACCAGUUUUUGGUCAUUGUGGGGACUGGACUCACACACUAAACACCAGUUUUUGGUAA